UUUUAUGAGGUUUGGUGAUCUCUCGGUCACGGGGAAAGAGGGAGGGAGCAAAGCGAUUAGACGUGGAAGAGAAAAAUUAGGCUUCCGAAUUGGGCUCCGUCUGAAUGAGAGUUUUCUUGGUAAAAAUUAGAUUGCGUGCAUGAAGCAAAUUUUGAAUUCCGAUCGGGAUUAGGGGUUGUUUUCUCGCAUUCUGGCGAUCUCGUCACCGCCGGCCUUGGCCGGAAUUCCUCUGUUUACCGGCGAUCUAUCCUUCGGACUAGAAUCUUGAAGAAUUUGAUGCGGUUUUCUGACCAAAUCUUUCUUGUGGAGGUUGUUUCUUUCCUUCUAGCACAUGGUAUAUAUUUCAUAAACUCGUUGGAUUAAUGGAGCAACUGAAACUGCAUAUUGUCUGCGUCUCCAUUUUUGCAUCUGAAGAAAGGUCGUGGAUACAGUGAUGUUUUCCUUGCUGUUUGAUGAUCUUCUUGAAGGCAUGAGUCUCUGAGAUAUGGUGUUUAAGAAGAGGUUGGAAUACAGUUUCAAUGGCUACCAGGUUCCUGCAAUGCCUCAAAUUCCAAAAUCUGCCAAGGGAAAGCGUUCAGUUAGAAGGAAGGUGGUGGAUGGCCAAAUGUGUGCAUUUGACUUGCUUGCAGCUGUAGCAGGGAAGAUACUAGAGAGAGAAAAUUCUUCGACUCUGAGUAGCAUAGUCGGAAACUCUAACCAGAAUGUUAAACAGGAGCAACUGGAUGAAGAGAAGCCAUGCAAAGAUGAAGCUUUUGAUCAAGUAAGCUGUAAGGAAAGUACAUCUGGUUCUGAACUUCCCAUACAGAGGCAGAUUCUCCACACUUUGAAGGAACAUUCGCAAAUUCCAAAUGCAACAGCUUCAGAAUCUACUUUUGUUGCUGUAAAAUCUGAUGUAUUCAACAAGGAUAUUUAUACUGGGGAUUUUGUGGCUAAUGGCAGCAAGGAAGAACUUGCAUAUUCUCUUGGCACAACUGCCAAGAAAUGUUGCACUGAUAGUUACUCUCCUUGUUCUGCAGAGUCAUGUCAAGCCGAAUUCAUGGAAGGGAUCAACAAACCAAUUGUAUCUGAUCAGCAUGAAGCUGCAACUUCAAUGGUUAAAAACAUCCAGCACUCCUGGAGUUUGGACAAUCCAGUGGAGCAGGAUGCUAAACUCCCUGCUUUGGCUAGCUUAGACAGCAGUGUCAAGGUGCCUCUGAAUGGGCAUCUCAUUCCUCAUAUUAGCUCCUUUCUUAUUUGUCGGGAUGAUACAGAACUACUUGUAGAUAGAGAUGAUGACGAAAACUCUUCUGGGUGCACUCAUCCUAGCACCAUAACUUCUAAGGCCUUGAAGCCUCAAUAUCAUAAAAUAAGAAAGCUGUUUUCUAAAACUGAUGUAGAAACGAAGCCUGCUUUUCACAGUCUGAAAUUUUGUUACACACGCCGAAGGACACAGAGGUAUUCAUUUAAGAGGAGAAAGGUGUAUGAGCACCGCUUAAUGUCACCAUCUGAUGGGGGAAUUAGUAGCAAAGGCUUUUGUAACUCAUCUGAAAAAGAAAUAAAUUACAAAACAAAUAAUUCACAUUCUGCUCUGCAUGGAGAGAAUGGUACAUCAUCUUCUGCUUCUGGUCAAAUAUCAUCAUAUAAAUCUGAAAAUUUCCAUGUGAAACUCAGUAUCAAAUCAUUCAAUGUGCCAGAACUUUUCAUAGAGAUUUCUGAAACUGCUACUGUCGGUUCGCUUAAGAGGACAGUCAUGGAAGCUGUGACAGCUUUUCUUGGAGGUGGAUUGCACGUGGGAGUUCUACUCCAAGGAAAGAAGGUUAGAGAUGAUAAUAAAACCCUACUCCAAGCUGGAAUAUCUCAUGUUGAUAAGCUGGACAAUUUGGGCUUUAUGCUGGAGCCAAAGUCUACAGGAGCUUCAUCACCAGUCACAACCACUGAAUAUCUGCAUACCCUUCGUCCCUGUGAUGCUACUGAACCAUUAGCCAGGCAUCCAGCUGCUUCUCCUGCACCAGUUCCAGAGAUAUUUAAUGCCAGUCCAGAGCCUCCGGUGACCUCUGCAGUGAAUUUUCCUGAGAGUGAUCAUGAUUCAGUUCACUCCCCUAUUGAUACUAAAUUAGUAAAUAAAGCCACAGCAACAACAUCUAACUCACGAGCUCUAGUUCCUGUCCCAGCCAUGAGCGUUGAUGCCUUGUCCAUGGUUCCAUUGCAUAAACCAAGGCGGUCUGAGCUUGCUCAACGUAGGAUUAGGAGGCCAUUCUCUGUCUCUGAAGUUGAAGCACUGGUCGAGGCAGUUGAAAAGCUUGGAACUGGAAGGUGGAGGGAUGUCAAACUUAGAGCUUUUGACAAUGCUAAGCAUCGGACCUAUGUAGAUCUGAAGGAUAAAUGGAAGACGUUGGUGCACACUGCAAGAAUAUCUCCUCGUCAAAGGAGAGGGGAGCCGGUACCUCAAGAGCUUCUGGACCGGGUUCUUGCCGCGCAUGCCUAUUGGUCCCAGCAGCAAGCCAGGUUCCAGGUCAAAACCCCUCUAGCUGAGGCCUGCGUGCUAGUCUAGAUCUCUUCUUUCCGUCAACAAAUAUUUUGGAGCCAAGAGAACCGUUUCUUGUAAAUAUAUGAUAGAAGAAAGGGGAAAGGUAACAGUAAGACAAUUCAGGAGUUUUUGUAAUAUUCUCUAUCUCACGCACACCAUCAUUCCUAAGCCAGUGAUUCGUCUCCUUGUGAAUUCUGUAACGGAGAGGGCUCAUUUGGCAUCUGUACAUGAUGAUGACGAUGAUGCCCCAGGGACAAAGGAAAUAAGACUGGUGUUGCCAGCAAUGUUCAUUCUCAUGCUGUUGACCCCCGUUUCAUCAAGUUGUCUUCUGGUUCCAAUUAGCAUAAUUUUCUUUGAUUUGA